UCAACAAUAAACAACUCAACCUAAACCUUUUAUCGUAAAAAAAAAACCCGUAUUUUCUAUCCUUGGUUAACUUUGUUUUCCUGUGCAAGCGCAACCGAACAAAAACACACCUCGCCUACAUAGGAUGGUAGAAGGUGACACUGAUCAGAACCUGUCAAAGUAUACCGAUGUAAAGGACGACAGAGUAGCGAACGGUGACAGCAAGGAUCAUCCGUUGGCGGGAGUCGUUGCCGUCUCCCUGCAUGAGAAAUCGCUGGCCAAUCAGCAGCUCAGCCUGCCGCACGGACCACUGAACGGUGCCGGCGAACGGGCGAUCGUCAGUAAGCAGCUCGAGGCGAAGGUUGGCUCCGGUGGUGGUGGUGGUGCGGACCCCGAACGGGGCGCCUACUCGAUCAAAGCUGACUUCGAGCAGGCGAUAGAGCUUACUGGUUAUGGCAGAUUCCACUACAUCCUGUUAGCAAUAUGUGGCUUGGUGAGCACCAGCGAGGAGAUGGACGUCAUCUCGAUGUCGUUCAUUCUACCCUCGGCCCAGUGCGAUCUCGAUCUGAACACGCAGAGCAAGGGCUGGCUGAACUCGAUCAUCUUCAUCGGCAUGAUGUUUGGUGCGUACGUGUGGGGCAGCGUUGCCGAUUCGCUCGGCCGAAAGAAGGUGCUGAUCGUGAUCUCGAUCAUGAACGCGUUCUGCAUCGUCGCGUCGUCCUUCUCGCAAACGUACGAAGUGUUUAUGGUGUUCCGAUUCCUCAACGGUGUGGCGUUAGGUGGUAGUGGUCCCGUCAUUUGGCCGUACUUUGCUGAGUUCCAACCCAAAUCAAAGCGUGGCUCCAUGCUUAGCUUUAUGGCUGCGUUCUGGACCAUCGGUAAUCUGCUCGUUGCCGGACUGGCCUGGCUGAUCAUCCCCACUGGAAUCGGAAUCACAACACCCGCCUUCACGUACAACUCGUGGCGCAUCUUUCUGCUCGUCUGCUCCAUCCCAUCCUUCAUAGUGGCUGCCCUACUACUAUACCUGCCGGAAUCGCCCAAGUUCCUGCUGUCGCAGGGCAAGAUCGAUGAGGCGCUCGCCAUCUUCCGCGGUAUCUAUGUCACCAACACGGGCAAAUCGAAAGAUCAGUACCCGGUACGGGAGCUGCUGAUCGACGACAAGCUGCGGGAGGAGCUGGAAGCCGUCACGAAACCGAUCAAGAACAAGUACAAGCGCAUGCUGUACGACAUACUGGACAACAGCAAGCAGGUGUUUAUGUCACCGAUCCUCAAGUUCACCGUCAUAUCGAUCACGAUCAACUUUACGUUCCACAUCGGGUACUACGGGCUGAUGAUGUGGUUCCCGGAGUUGUUUAACCGUUUCGACGAAUUUACCCGUGCCCAUCCGGGCGUGGAAGAUGCGUCGGUAUGUCAGGUGACGGAUUACGUCGUCGGGAUGGGAUCACACUCACAAACUGGCGUCUGUUCGGCCACCAUACCGAGCACGGUGUUUAUGGAGUCACUGAUCACCGUAGCGGCGGCCCUGCCAGCUAACAUUAUUGCCGUGCUGGGUAUGGACCGGUUGGGACGCAAGUUCUUCCUCGUCUUCAGUACGAUGGCUGCCGGGGCCUGUUCUGCGUCGAUGUACUUCGUCACCAAUCAACAUCAGAAUCUUGCCGUAUCGGCCGUCUUCAGUGGCGUUAUCUCGAUGGGUAACGCUUCGCUUGAUUGUCUGAUCACGGAAGUGUUUCCAACGAAUUUACGUGCAACCGGAGUUGCGAUAUCGAUGGUAGCCGCUCGUUUGGGAGGUAUUAUCGGUAACGUGGUUAUUGCCACGCUGCUCGAUCUCUACUGUCCCGCACCAACGUUCAUCGUGGCCGUCCUGCUGGCGGGUGGCGGUCUGAUGUGUUUGUUCCUACCGAACACUACUCGUACCGCACUGUCCUAGUGAGUC